CUGCUCUUCUCGGUCUACACCUGCGCAUUCUGGCUUUCGGUGGCCUUGUUUCUCGUGCUUUCCGGUCAGAGUCAUCUGCUUUACCUCGUUUUUGACGUGGUUUUCUUUCUUCUUUCCUCUUCUUACGUCUCUUGCAUGCGAGGAACUUUUUCCCCCGCUCGGAAUUUAGCUGCGAUCUAAUUCCGCUGUCUCUCAGACCGAACAAAAAAGAAAAAAAAGAAAAAAAGAACAAGUCAAGCAUUGACCGCUAGAACUGGGCUAUACUUGCUCAUAUCUAGACACUACUACUAGAGUCGCAAUUUACACAGGUUUCAUUUGAUACGCAAAAAUGGCUGGUCAAUCCAAACCCGCGCUCUCCCCCUGGGGCAGUGCGGUUGCGGGCGCAACUGGUGCCGUGCUCGCCAAUGCCAUUGUAUAUCCUCUUGAUCUGGUCAAGACGAAACUUCAGGUCCAGGUAAAAUCGGCCGCCGAUUCGAAAGACGGUCGAUCGGAAGAGCAAUACAAGUCGACGUUGGACGCCAUCAAUAAGAUUAUGGAACGAGAGGGGAUCGAGGGUCUAUACUCUGGAAUCGCCGGAUCCCUCCUUGGCGUGGCCUCAACCAACUUCGCCUAUUUCUACUGGUACAGCGUCGUGAGGACCCUCUAUAUGGCGUCGAACAAAGUACCCAAGCCCCCCGGCACCGCCAUCGAGCUUUCUCUCGGGGCUGUUGCGGGUGCUGUUGCUCAGAUCUUCACGAUCCCCGUCGCUGUCAUCACCACGAGGCAACAGACUCAGACUAAAGAGGAGAGGAAGGGCUUGAUCGAGACGGGUAGAGAGGUUGUCAACAGCGAGGACGGUUGGUCCGGUCUGUGGCGAGGUCUUAAGGCCAGUCUGAUCCUUGUCGUCAACCCGGCCAUUACCUACGGCGCCUACCAGCGCCUGAAGGACAUUCUUUUCGCCGGAAAGAACAAUCUGAAGCCCUGGGAGGCUUUCCUGCUCGGGGCUCUUUCCAAGGCUCUGGCUACCAUCGCCACGCAGCCGUUGAUUGUGGCCAAGGUCGGCCUUCAGUCACGACCGCCCCCUGGCCGUGAGGGAAAGCCUUUCAAGACUUUCGGCGAGGUCAUGCGCUUUAUUGUUAAGAAUGAGGGACUCAUGUCUCUGUUCAAGGGUAUCGGACCCCAGAUCCUUAAGGGACUUUUGGUGCAGGGUCUAUUGAUGAUGACCAAGGAAAGAAUGGAACUCACAUUUGUCCUUCUCUUCGCCUACUUGCGAAAAAUCAAGCAGGAAAAGCUGCAUAAAGCCGUCGACACUGCCGCAUCCAAGGCUAAAACCAGUCUCCCAGCGACCCUGAAAUAGGCUUCUACCUUGCAUCCUCCUUUACUGAACGACUAACUGCCCUUUUUUUACUGUUUUUUUUUUUUUUUUUUUUUUUUUUU